GAUCAUUCGCGGGAAGAAGAAAUAUGGCGGCAAUGGCAGAUUAUUUUCCGAAAAGCCCAGAUCCAAUGUUUCGACACCGUUCGCAAUACAAGUGUAGCACACCGCCCUGGAAAGAACAGUAUAGAAAGGUACGAUGAUAUUUACGUCUUCCAAUGACGAUGUUUGUGAUAUUUUCAAGCCAGUUUUCACUUCUUUUCGAUUUCAUAUCCCCGGUGCGUGACUUCAAUAAACGUCCCUUAGUUUUUAGAGUUAGUUUUUAUCGGUUUUCACUCUUGUGAUCGUAGCGCACGAAAACUUAGUUCUUUUUUUAUAAUCUUCAGCAACGUUACUUAAGUUAUAUUAGUGUCGCCACAGUUUUAUGAGUUCACACUGGUUUGGAGAGGACCACUUAGCAAAACACAGAAGUUCGAUAAAGAAGCGGGUGGGGUGGGGUGGGGGGAGGGUGAAUAGGAGUGCUUUGAGGGCCUCAAAAAGCUGAGAGAUUCAAUUAUUUAAAUUCCAAUCCUCCCCUUAAGAUGGCAGAAAAGCAAACUUUUAUUGGUGUGUUCUGAAAAGUGAAUGUGUGAGGUUGAAUUUUUAGUCUGUCCUUAUGAAAAUAUAUCUGAAGUGUCCAACUUUUGUCACCCUCUUCUUUUGAUAGAUACUUAGCACUUUAACUCCCAAGAUCUCUUUAGUAAUUCUCCUUACUGUCUGCUAUACAAUUCUUCUGAUGUAACUUCUGAGAAUUUGGUAUUGGAUCAGCUAAUAAUCCCCUAAUUGUUAACUUUCUUAGUUCUCAUCACUUGUCUUCCUGAUUUUGUGUUGACAUUGUAAGGAAAAAUUCUGUCCUAGUCACUCAUGGGAGUAACAGGAUUAAAUGACAAGAAUUCUACUAGCAACUCUAUAUGUCCUGUGUCUGUGUUACAUCUGGAUUCUUACCAGCAUUAUGAAUGUGCUAAAAUCCAUUGUUAGUUCAAACCUUUAUUUAGAUCUUUGUGUUUCACUUUUGGUUAAACUGGCAUCUCUACUUGUUUUUAAAAUCUCUUUAGAGGUGCUUGGACAGGCUCAAAAAUGGGAGGCAGAAAUUUGUGGAGAGAUUUAGGCAAGCCAGUUGUGAGACAAAUGACUCCUCUUUUGUCAACGAAGUGAUGGAUGAAGAAUGGCGUAGGCUUAGUGAAGAAAAUCAAGAACUUUCACCAUGGCGUCCAACCAGAAGGUCAUGCACACCAUUUAAAGGGGUUAGUAAAACUAGUGCUAGGGAGAUGUAAUGGCUCAGUGGUACAUGUUGGUCCAGUGCUACAUGUUGGUCCAAUGGUGCAUGUUGGCCCAAUAGUGCAGUUGGCCCAAUGUGACAUGUUGGCCCAAUGGUGCAUGUUGGUGCAAUAGUAUAUUGGCCCAAUGGUGCUUGUUGGCCCAAUCAAGCAUGUUGGCCCAAUCAGGUGUGUUGUUCCAAUGGAGCAUUUUGUGUUAAGAGGUUGGCAUUCAAGACCUGGCUUGACCUUUGGCAAAACCCUUUCACAGUGUUUCUCUCCAACCAGGAGUAUACUGGCUUAGAGCAUUGAACAGUCCACAAGUUUCAUACAUAAAUGAUGUGCUUUUAAUACUUAUGAGAACUUUUCAGUCAAUAUAGAAAUUAGUUUAAACAUGCUGGAGAUAUAUCAAUUAACUUGUAUCAUUUUUUCAGCUUUACUUAAAUUUUGAAUCAUUCAUUCUCUCUCUCUCUAUAAGAUUGAGUUAGAUUGUUCAGAGGAUACUUCACUUGACGAGGUUCUGUCUUUACUGGAUGAAAUUCAAAAGGAACUGAUGGAUGAAGAAAGAAACAUUCUUGCCCAGUAUGAGGAAAAUCUGAAGUUUGAGGAAUCUUCUCUAUGUGCAGCUAUUGAAAGUCUUGGAACAGAGGAUUCUGUCAUUUGCCCAGUCUGCAAAAGGUUGGUGAACCCUUACCAUACUUAAUCGUUGGGUGACUAGUAUCUAAUUUCUCCUGACAAUAUCAAUCCUGAAUCAAACAUUAAUGUCACAAGAAUAAAGGAAAUAAUCACCAACUAAAGAAGCUCUUGAUUGUUGAGCAAAUUCUCUUUGUCAGCACUCUAGCACUGAUGUUAGGGUGUAAAGCUUGAAUUCAGGAAAUGGAAUGAGAUUUAAGGAUUAAAAACAACAAGAUGCCUUGCAAAAGUAUUGUUGUCCUUCAUGGGGGUUAAACUAAAGGUUAAAAGCUUGUAAGUGAGUAUUCUCCAUAUUGUUUUGUCCCCCCCCCCAUCCUCUACCCCCACUCCAUUACCCACCCAAGCUCUUUUAUUUCGUUUUAGAAGAGCCAUAUUGCUAUGCCUUUAUUUCUCUGUCCCUUCCCAGUACUUCUUGAACCAAUUUUCCAUGAUGGGAGCUUUGUUAAUGAGAGCCCUCAUUUUCUAUGAUUUUUUUGUUAGAUUAUCUUUCUUUUCUAUCUUGGUAACAGAAAUCCAUUACAUCAGAACAAACAGGUCGUCUUCUGUGCUUGUGGAAUCAGAAUUGAUACUGAGGUGGGAUUUCUGUGAUUUUUGAAGUUUGUUAAAUUUUAACCCUUUCACUCCUAUGAAUGACUAGCAUCUGAUUUCUCCCUUCCUCCAAAAGAUCUCGCCUUUUUACAGAUUGAAUGAAUCCAAACUUAGUCAUUACGCUUUUGGCAGUUCUACAUGCUCCUGAAGUGAAUACCCUAAGGAAUAGUGGAAUAAAUUGAGCCUUCUGUGCACAAAAUCCAGCGGUAACACCCAUUUCUGAAUGACAUGCUUAAAUUGACAUGAAGUUGUAAUGCAAUACCACCCCUGAAUCUCAAAUUAAGCAAGGUCAUGAGAACAAAGGAAAUAAUCACCAAUGAAAGAAGCUUUUGAUUGUUGAACUAAUUGCCUGGUGAGAUAUUAAAGAAAAAUAGAUUUCAUGUUGCCAUGUUUCUGUUCAGUGAUAAAACUUAGAUGACAUCAAACUGUUGUUAGUACAAAGUGGUGGCACACAAGGUGCGUUGCUGAUUUUCUUACCAUAUUCUGGUGUCUUCAGUGAUCUAUAAUUGUAUAGAUCCACUGCAUGGUGAACUCUAUUUGUUUAUAUAAUAGAAAAGCAAAAUGUUUAUAAUGGUAACAUCAUCUAUGCAUCUGAUCUCCAUAUAUCAUCAGUAAGAACCAAACAUAAUUUUGCUUAUCAUACAUAAGGAAUUUUUCUUUGUGAUCCUUUAGCAUGAUGCACUGAACUUGAACUAUCUCAGAAACCAGAUUGAUGGGGCAUUAACAAUCCAUGGGUAAGUUUUCAACUUGUGAGUUGUUCCAUAGGAAACAAUUUGCUACCUUACUUUACCAACUAAAUGUUGCAGUGGGCCAGCAUCUCUUCCAAGGGGGAUUAGCGUAGCUCCUGAUUGCUUCAUGCUACAGAAAUUGGAAUAAGCUCUAACUGGAUGCACCAAUACACCAUUUCCAAAUUACCUUUGGUUUCUUUUUCAAAAUGUUUUCUGGUGCUCAUCCUUUUAUAUGAUUAAAAGUUUUCAUUCACAUGCAAAUGAAAUUCAUUUUCAUAUGAAUAGUUGAGCGCCAAGCCUAGUUUUGAAAAGGAGGACAAAGGUAAUUUGGAAAUGGCCCUUGCAGAUAAUACUUUACUAUUGCUGGUUUUGGAGAAGACAAAUAGAGAUAAAUUCAGUUUUAGUUAAUUAUCAUGAAAAGAAAAAAAAUGAAGAAAGAGUGAAAAGAAAGUCGACACUAUUUUGGAGCGGUUUUUGUGCAGACUUUAAGGCGUUCCCAUGAGCAUGCCUUUGGUUAGGUGCAAGAAUUAAGUAUGUUUGUCACUUUUUUCCUGGCCUAUUUUAUUUUUCACUAAUAUCCUGCUCUCUAUGAUUUUCUGUUUUUUUGGCAGAGAACAAGGUUGCACAAUGGAACCAGAAUUUUGCGUAUCAGUUUUACAAGAGGUGGCAGUAAGCAAUCUUGUUGCUCUGUGUAAGGUGAGAAGAAAGAUGGAUUUUCUAUAACCAAAGAGCAUAGCAUUUAAUUUCUUUCACGGGUUUUGCACAGUUUGUCUUUUUUUCUUAAUUUAUGUAGUGACAAAUCGAUGCUAAUACGGUUAAUAGUGCGAGCCUUGUUGUAAAAGACGAUGGCGUUGUGUAAACCUUUGUGUGAUGUUGUUCUGAAGAGAACGGCUGUAGAAUUGGAAUUUCAUUUUUUCACUGUAUUAACAAGACCACAUUCCGGACCAUAACAGACCGACCCAAUCUUAUCGCAGGAUCUAAACUGAUUAUUCACAACAUAUGAUUAUAACCGUUACCUGCGUUUGUCAGCCAUUAACCCAUAAAACCCUAAUACCAUUAGGAAUUCUUAUCUAUGCAUUUCCUAGCCUGCGUCUAACGGACUAGUCUGCGUGAAGGGGUUUUCUUGCUUUUUUUUUACAUAAGAAUAGGCAAGUAGGAGGCAAGUGUGACGGACGAAACUCGCGCGAGAGGAGGAGCUAAAUAAUACAACAAUAAAAAACUCCAUAAAAUAAACGAUGCCUCUUUUGACGGACUGGAAUUGUCGUAAUUGUUUUUCAUCUGCACACGAUGGCUGGGAAGGAACAUCGACUUCCGUGCCUUUCUCUUGUUCCCGCUACUGAUUUUGUUUCCUCCCGCGACUUCCUUGUUUAUUCCGCGAGUUCUUUUUUCCAUUCACACCUUCUGCUCUGCAUCCUUUCCCUUUAUUUCUACCCGGACGUUCUUUUUAUGUUCAUUAACGACUUCUUUUUCCAUCGGCGACUUCUUUUUACUUGAAAACCCACGCCUUAUUCUCGAUCUGCGACGUGAAAUUGGCUAUUCCUUGGCUUUACACCCUAACAUCAGUAAGCAUAUUCUCCAUACUAUUCAGUACAUUUCUUCAGGUUUUGAAAAGGAGAAUUUGUCUAACAAUCAAGAGCUUCUUUCUUUGUUGAUGAUUUCCCUUAUUCUCGUGACCUUAAUGUUUUAUUCAGGGAUGAUUUCGUAAGGAGAAAUUAGAUGCUAGUCACUCUUAGGGGUUAAGGGGUUAAGAACAACGUAGGACGGUUUCAAAAGCUAUGUAAGUUUACAUCAAAAAAGUUCAAGGUGGAUCUCAAAUCCGCGGUGUCACCGCCCUCUGCGUGGUUGCAGUCAACUUGCUGCUCAGCAGACAUUCAGAAAUCGUGUGCGUUUCAACAAAAAGUCACGCAAAAAAUACUUAAAGACAUCCCGUUUUUGCUCGUCUCCGUAUUCUUUCACGUUUUCGAACCACAAUAGUAGCUUAUGAUUGUCUAAAGUAAUUAAAGUAAUAAUCCAUUCUCAGUCAGCGUUGUACACAGGACACUAUGACAUCAAUAUCGGAAAGGCCUCUCCACCCCCCCCUCCCCCCACCCCUCUUGACCACCAAAGGGAAAGCGCAAACUACUUAAAAUAGCCAGUGUUUCAUGCCAAGGCAAACCGGUGGUUCUUAGUCUUAAAAGGCUUAAAAGAACAUACUAAUCCGUUUUCUCUUGAUGUUUUUAAAUUUGGUAUCUAUAUAGGAAAACGCAUUUUCUUAUUACUUAAGGUAGAAUUUUUUCUCUAACCACCUCAAUCCUUUCUAUCUCUGUUUCAGGCGUGCGAUUUCUUGUUCAUCGUUCUUUGACGCAAAAAAUGUAGGAGAAGAAUUUUCCUCAAGGAAAGAGGAAGUUAA